UUAAAUAAGAAUUGUAAAUCCGAAGUAAAUUUAAACCAAAAAUAUUAAAACAAAUAAAUAAUAUAUUUGUUUGCAGUUGUAAACCAGUGGCGUAAACUAAAGCAAACAAAACCACAAUCCACGUUCUUCGCCCCACACCCACUUCAAAAACAAAAACACACGCCAGCUGAAAAUGUCGCUCAAGCCCAAAAUAGUAGAGUUUGUUGAAGUCUGGCCAAGAUUGCGCUGCAUUGCCGAAUCGGUGAUAACAUUGAGCAAAGUUGAACGCGCUGUUUGGAAUACGAGCUUUAGCGAUGUUUAUACGCUGUGCGUGGCGCAGCCAGAGCCGAUGGCAGAUCGUCUAUAUAGCGAAACAAAGCACUUCCUCGAAUCGCAUGUGCAGGAAAUGUUAACCAAGAAAGUGCUGGCCGAGCACGAUGCGGCCAAUGCAAACAAUAUUAGCAGCAAACCGGAUUUGCUGCAACGUUACUAUACAACAUGGAUGGAGUACAGUCAGGGCAUCAAAUAUCUGCAUCAGUUGUACAUUUAUCUGAACCAGCAGCACAUAAAGAAGCAAAAGAUUACGGAUACGGAGUCGUUCUAUGGCAACUUGUCCAGCGAUGCUGCAGAACAAAUGGAAAUUGGUGAGCUAGGCUUGGAUAUUUGGCGCUUAUAUAUGGUGGAGUAUUUGGCACAAGAGCUAGUGCGCCAUAUACUGGAGGGCAUUGCUGCAGACCGUUCCAGCAGCGGUACACUGGACUCGCAUCGCGUGCAGGUCAUUAAUGGCGUCAUACACAGUUUUGUUGAGGUGCAAGAGUACAAGAAGACGGGUUCACUUAAGCUGUACCAGGAGCUGUUUGAGACGCCCAUGCUGGAGGCUAGCGGCACCUACUAUACAAACGAAGCCAACAAGCUGCUGCAGCGCUGCAAUGUGUCUCAGUAUAUGCAGGAAGUAAUCAAAAUAUUGGAGUACGAGAGCAAACGUGCGCAAAAGUUUUUGCAUGUCAGUUCGCUGCCCAAGCUGCGUAAACAAUGCGAGGAGAAGUUCAUUAACGAUCGCCUGGGCUUCAUCUACUCGGAGUGCCGUGAUAUGGUGUCCGAUGAGCGUCGCCAGGAUCUGCGUAAUAUGUAUAUUGUGCUCAAGCCCAUACCGGAUAACCUCAAGUGCGAGCUUAUACAAACAUUUCUGGAGCACAUUAAAAAUGAGGGACUGGAAACGGUGUACGCACUCAAGGGCGAGAAUAUACACAUUGCUUUUGUGGAGAAUAUGCUAAAAGUGCAUCAUAAAUAUCAGGAACUCAUUGCUGAUGUAUUUGAGAAUGAUUCACUGUUCCUGAGCGCGCUGGACAAGGCCUGCGCCAGCGUCAUCAAUCGACGCCCCAGCGAGCGACAGCCAUGUCGCAGUGCUGAGUACGUUGCCAAAUACUGUGAUACACUUUUGAAAAAAUCGAAAACCUGCGAAGCGGAAAUCGAUCAGAAACUCACCAACAACAUAACCAUAUUCAAGUACAUCGAGGACAAGGAUGUCUAUCAAAAGUUCUAUAGCAGAUUGCUAGCCAAGCGAUUAAUUCAUGAGCAGAGUCAAAGCAUGGAUGCCGAAGAGGGCAUGAUUAAUCGCCUAAAGCAAGCCUGCGGCUAUGAGUUCACCAACAAGUUACAUCGAAUGUUUACAGACAUUUCGGUCUCCACAGAUCUAAACAAUAAGUUCAAUAAUCAUUUGAAGGACAACGAUAUUGAUCUCGGCAUCAACCUGUCGAUCAAAGUGCUGCAGGCAGGCGCUUGGCCCUUGGGCUCCACACAGGUUAUACCCUUCGCUGUGCCUCAAGAGUUUGAGAAAUCAAUUAAAAUGUUUGAAGACUAUUACCACAAUUUGUUCAGCGGUCGCAAGUUAACCUGGCUGCAUCAUAUGUGUCAUGGUGAACUGAAGCUAAGUCAUUUAAAGAAAUCGUACAUUGUGACCAUGCAAACGUACCAAAUGGCCAUAAUACUGCUGUUCGAGACCUGCGAUAGUCUUAGCUGUCGGGAGAUACAGAAUACAUUGCAAUUGAACGACGAAACGUUUCAAAAGCAUAUGCAGCCGAUGAUUGAAUCCAAAUUGCUGAAUGCCAGCUCAGAGAAUCUCUCGGGUGAAACGAGAAUCGAACUGAAUUUUGAUUACACAAAUAAGCGCACGAAAUUUAAGAUUAGUUCAGCCUUACAAAAGGAAACGCCACAAGAGGUGGAGCACACGAUUAACUCAGUGGAUGAGGAUCGUAAACUAUUUUUGCAAGCUGCCAUUGUGCGCAUAAUGAAAGCGCGCAAAGUUUUAAAGCACAAUGCACUGAUACAAGAGGUGCUGUCAUUAUCGAAGGUAAGCUUUACGCCCAAUAUCGCCAUGAUUAAGAAAUGCGUCGAAUCAUUAAUUGACAAACAAUAUAUCGAGCGUACGGCCAACUCGGGUGAUGAGUAUAGCUAUAUGGCUUAGACUGUGGCAACAAACGGACAGCAGAAUCUAGAGAUUAUUUAAACCCUUCACUUAUUGAAUUCACAAUGCAAACCGCAUGAUUAAAAUACCUUGUACUAUAUUGUAUUGAUGGCAAGGCAUAUUUUUGUUAAACGUUUUGAAUUUCAUGACAUAGCAACAACAAUAGUCUAACUAGCUUCAACUUCAGUAUAUACACAUACAGUCAAUUCUAUUAAGAAAUGUCCUUAAGCUAAUGCAAUUUCAUAUUGUUUUGUUUAUCUUUCCUCCUAUCUCUUUCUCUCAACUUAAUGAACCAUAAAGCAAGGGGCGUAUUCACUGUGCGCAUUACUGAUACUUUUAAUUAGUUUAUUUAGUUUUAUAAACGUUUUUCUUUUUAAUAACUUCAUUUGGCGUGUGGAUUUUACAUAUUGUAUAUUUAUCUGGCUC